AUGGCCCGGGAUCAUAUUGACACCCAAAAGUCAAAAUCUUGCAAAAACUGCUGCCAACCGGCCAGCCGGUCAAUAGAGUCUUUGAAAGAGACUAACCACUGUAGUGCGGUGGUCGGUGCGAAGUAUGAACUGCUUACCGAUAAGAGGGUUCUUAAAUUGACCAAGGAAGACAACGCUUUUGCUAACUUCUUUGAGGAGCUAGCCGAUCCGCAUCAGGUUGAUGGCUUGUCACAGAACUUUCCCAUCGGUAAAUGCUGGCAACAGAAUACGCUUUUGACACCCGAUGCAGAUGCUUUUAAUUUCUUUCGUGGCAAUCCGGCUGCAUACAACCAAGUUGAUGAAGCCAACAACGGCCUAAUUUUGAUGGAUAGUUACGGUUCCAUUUCGCCUUUACUCCAGGGUCCGGAAUCAGCCUUUGCUUAUGGAAGUAGAUCGCAACACACGCCGCCUGAAGCUGUCUCCUACGCACGUUCCUUUCUGGAGUCUGAUAGGCUGGAUUCCAGUGCCCCCUUCUGCUUCACCUACAACCAGCCACAUAGAAAACCGCCCAAAGUUGUGGGUGGUCGCUACCUCCUGGGGGAAACAAUUGGACGAGGAAGCUAUGGCAAGGUGAGUGCUUCUACCCCCCUAUGUAUUCAUCCUGCUAUACACGUGUUUUCAAUAGCAUCGGAUUAA